GACCCAGCAAAACAAGCUGAAGCGCACGGAAACCGCUCGGGUCGGGUGAGCGCGCUCGAUCGGUCCCUUCCAGGCUAAGGUUUCCUUCCCUUCCCCACUCUCUCCCGGCGCAUAAAACCAAGUCCACAACUCACUUCCAGCCAAGCCACAAACAAAGCACCCAAAACCCCCGAAAAGAACCGAAAAGAAACAGAGGAGGAAAAACAAUGCCCGCCCCAGACACAAAAGCAGCUUCGCUCCAGCUCCACCACUGCCGCCCCCGCCGCCGCCAGUAAAUAGUGCCGCCCCCCUUCCUUCUUCUCAUGGGCGCGACGCGUCCCCGGCGCUGGAGGCUGCCCUUCCAACGCAGCGCCCCUUCAUCCCCGUCGUCCAAGUCGUUCCCCGCCCCCUACUCGCCUGCCUUGUCCGCAGCUGCGGCGGCAUCAGAGGCGGAGCCCAAAGGGGAACAGCAGGAGGAGGCUGCGCCGCCGGAGUUCUUGUGCCCGAUCUUGGGCGCGCUCAUGGCCGACCCCGUGAUCUUGCCGUCCGGGCAGACGUACGAGCGCGCCUGCCUCCAGGCCUGCAAGGAGCUCUCCUUCUUUCCCCCCGGCACGGGGUCCGGUUCUGACGCGAUGAUACCGAACUCGGCGCUGAAGGCGGCCAUCGGCACCUGGUGCGCCCGCUCCGGCCGCGCGGUCCCGGCGCUUCCGUCGGAAGAAGCUGCCCGGGAAGCCGUGCUCCGGGCGAUGCCUCCGCCUGCCGCUGCCGCUGCUGCAGAGGCGAAGUCUGUGCGGACUAGGAGACCGCCGGUGGCGGCGAGCCCGUCUAAUUCGUCCUACUCGUCGCCGGCCUCCGCUGCGUCGACAUCCCCGUCCACGUCGUCCUCGGAGAUUACCCCCGCGGAGGAAGAUGUGGCCGUGAAGACUGCCAAGGUUGUUAUCCAGGCGGUCGACCCGUUGGAGAACGAGGUGGUCGCCAAGGUCAUGGACGCGGACGAGGACGGGGUGGUGGCCGCGGCGAUGGCCGCGCUCCGGGAAGCCACGCGGGAGAGCGCGGAGCGCCGGCGCGCGCUCUGCACGCCGCGGCUGCUCGCAGCACUCCGCCGCGUCCUCCUCAUCCCGCGGCACGCCUCCGCGCGGGUCGACGCGACGGCGGUGCUGGUGAACCUCUCCCUCGAGCCGGCGAACAAGGUGCGCAUCGUCCGCGCGGGGGCUGUGCCGGCGCUCGUCGAAGUCCUCCGCACCGGCGGCUCCUCCGUGCCUGCCGAGGCGCGCGAGAACGCGGCCGGCGCACUCUUCGGCCUCGCGCUGCACGAGGAGAACCGCGCCGCCAUCGGCGUGCUCGGCGCGGUGCCUCCGCUCCUCGACCUCCUUACUUCCACUACCCAGCACCCCCGCGCGCGCCGGGACGCCGGAAUGGCGUUGUACUACCUUUCCCUUGCCGCUGUCAACCAGUCCAAGGUCGCUCGCUUCCCUGGCGCGCCCAAAGCGCUGCUCGCCGCGGCUUCCGACGCUGCCGAGCCUACGCCUAUCCGCAGGCUAGCUCUCAUGGUCAUCUGCAACGUGGGCGCCUGCGCGGAGGGCCGCGCGACGCUGAUGGACGCCGGCGCCGUGGCGGCCGUGGCCGGAAUCCUCUCCGACGACACCACCCGCGUCGCAGAGCUGGAGGAGUGGUGCGUGGCAGCAAUCUACGCGCUGAGCCGCGGCAGCCUCCGGUUCCGCGGACUGGCGCACGCCGCAGGCGCGGACAAGGCGCUCCGGCGUGUGGCCGACGAGGGCGCUCCCGGCGGCGUCCGGCGUGAAAUGGCGAGGAAGACGCUCCGCGCCAUGCGGACCGACCUGGACAACGAUGCGGACGCGGACCUGACCGGCAGCAGCCUCGAGUGCGGCGACGGCGACGACUGCGGCGGCAGCAUCGUGUCCGACGGGCUGAUGUCGUUCCGGCGCCGGCAGCGCGACCUCGGGGCCUCGUCCUGCGGCAACACCACCGAAUUCUGAAUCUGUUGUUCCGUUCCUGAUCUCAUUCUCCCCCGACCCCCACCAUUUGUAUGUAAAAUCGCUUCCUUUAGGUUCAGUUCACAAAGAUUUCGUUCGUGUCACGCAAGAAUUAAUGUCCUUCGUGUUGGAACGGUGAUUGAUGAUGGAAGUAUACUUAAGAAGUUGAGCGAGCUGCUGGCUCGCGAUUCGGGACAAGUUCAUCUGGGCGUCAAAAAAUGUUGUGCCUGCGAGCGAGAACCCAUCCUCGUGCUGGAGCUUCUAAGCUGUUGCGCGGAACGUGCGCGUGUAGUUGCCGGCUCGCUUGCUCGUGUGCCGGACAACAAAACAAAGCUGGUGGUGGCGGUUGGUUGGGUGUUGCUUGCAGGCCAGAGCAUGCUUUGUUCGCUCCGUACUUGCACACUGGCAGAGGCAUGACAUGUAUUGUUAUUUACGAAGAACGACUCGUGUGCUUUGUUCGGAUCUGUAAAUAAAACAUCUUUCUGCUCUC